AUGGACGCACUUGCUAAGAAGAGCGUUAAAAGCAGCCCCGUUUCGCCUUUCCAGUUCUUUCCCACCACGCCUCAAUGCCCCUCCCUUUCGCCUUCAUCCUCACCAGAGUCUUCCCACGUUACCGCUCUCUCAUACAAGGAUGAUCCUUCUCCGCCAAUCGGCUUGAGCCUCAGCCCGCCUUGCGCCACUUCAGUUCAUAGCGAAGACGACGAUCAUAUUUCUCCCUCCGCUGAAUCGGCAAAAGUCUCAGCUGACGUGUCUUCACACUGGAAGCUUCCUCACCCCAAGACAAUCAAGCCGCAACCAUCUCCCGCUCCUGUUCCCGACGCCACAACAACAGAAGCCAAGGCAGCUCCUUCCCCCACGGCACCCUUUCCUCACUUCCCCGCCCCAGCGGCAGCAGCUGUCCCUUUCGGCCACAUUCCUCCCUACCCCGCGGCAGCUGCGGCUGGCUGGUGGGCUCCUUUCGCCGCCUUCCCCUCUCACAUGCUGCUCGCCCAUUCAACCGCGACCGGUCAAGCGCAGCAGCAGGCGAUGGGGAUGCAACAAAGGCCUUGGUUUCCCAAUGCGCCGCCGUGGUUCUGCUUUGGUCCGACUCCCUUCCUUUCCACGGCGCGUCCUGCCCUACCAGCCCCUGGUGGUGCCGCUUCAGAUGUCAACAUGGAAAUUAACAAGAGCCUAAUGGCUGCCAGCAAGCCUUCUUCCAUGGUGACGAAGGGUUCUGUCAAGCGAAGCCCGUCGGCGAAAUUGGCGGCGAAGCCAGUGGAGGUGUUACCACGCGAGCGGCUCCCGUCGGGAUUUCGCCCGUGGAAGGCUGCGAGCAGGAGCUCUGGGUCGAACGACACGUCAGCUCUGCUCUCGUCAAAUGGCGCCACGACAACGUGCUCUGCUGCUGUGGAAGCAUGCGCUUCAUCCCGCCGGGCCGUCCCAUUCGCGUUGAAGCCGUGCAGCCAGGGCACGGAGGGUCUUCAAAUAGUCAAGGCGGACGGACAGCCAAUUCGUCCAGCAGCGCAGCAACCAAGGGGCCAGGCGGGCCCGGUCAACGCAGUCAAUAUAGUCAACGCAGCCACCGCAAUUAACGCAGUUAGUCCUAUGAGCCAUUUUUCGACUCCCCUUCACAUCCUCCCAGCUAUCGGCCCUAUCCCCAGCUUCCAGUCUGCUGCUGCUGAUCAAGCCAGAGCGUAUGCCUGCACUAUGGGACAGUAUCCCAAUUUCCCCUGGACUGCAGCUGCUGCGGUAGCUGCUGCUGCUGGUGGUGCUGCUGCUGGCACUGGUGCUGGCGGUGCUGCUACUGGAGUGUUCGGCUUUCUGAACCCUGGGGGAACGGUUGCUGCUGAGGCUGGUGCAGGAGUGGUGGGGGACAAAAGGAGGCUUGGGAAGGUAGAGGGCGCAACGGGCGGGAGCGUGGAUGCGCAGGGGAAGAGGAAAAAGAGGCAAAAGCACGUUGGAGUGGGUUGCAAUGCGGUGGAGGACCCAGUGUCUCUCAGAAUGGAUGGGAAGAGCGGAGAGAUGGAGGGGGAGGGUGGCUGUUGCAAGGAUCGGGAGGAGGAGAGUGGAAAGGAGAAUGGAAUGGAGAUGGAGAAAGAGAAGGAGAAAGAGAAGGCGUGCAGGAAUUGUGGGACGCACACAACUCCGUUUUGGAGGAAGGAUCGGUCGGGGAGUGGUCAGCACCUGUGCAACGCGUGUGGGCUCUACCUCGCCAAGAAUGACGCCCCGCGGCCCUCCGUGCUCUGGAAGAAAGAUUCCCAAGGGGCUCCAGACAACACCAGCCAUGCAGUUGCUGCCAAGGCUUGA